GGCAUUAACAUUGAACCGGAUCCAUUAGCAAUGUAUACAUAUUUUACACAAAGAGUUAAAAAACACUUACAUAUUGUACUGGUAAUGAGUCCGAUUGGUGAUGCAUUUCGAUCACGGUUACGUAUGUUUCCAUCAUUGAUUAAUUGUUGUACGAUUGAUUGGUUCCAU